AUCCCAAUUAACAAAACAGAGGUUUCUAUAGGGUUUUAAGUUGUUUGUUCUUGUUGCUGGGGAAGAAGAAGAAGCAGUGGCAAAUACAGUUGUGUUGCUGGUUUCAGGAGGAAUGAUUCUUCCAUAUUCGACACAGUUCACUUGCCCUGUUCAAGAAAAUGGAUUCAGCCCUUCUUCAGUACUUUACCAUUGCAAAAGAUAUCGUUUUGAGGUUACUUCGUUGAGGCAUGACUGUUUUGCUUCGGUGAAGAUUCCCUCCUCCUCGAAGUGGAAUGUUAUGAGGUCAAGACGAAAUGUGAAAGCUUUUGGGUUGGUUGAUAAACUUGGGAAGAAGGUAUGGAGAGGCAAAGAAGAAGAUAGUGACAGUGAAGACGAGGAAGAUGAAGUGAAAAAAGAUAACUCUGGCGGGAAAGAAGCGAAUCUCGAUGAUCCAGAAGAGAGACGGGAAUGGAGGAAGACGAUAAGAGAGGUGAUUGAUAAGCAUCCUGAUAUCGAAGAGGAGGAGGAGAUUGAUAUGGUUGAGAAGAGGAGGAAGAUGCAGAAGCUUCUUGCUGAUUACCCACUUGUUGUGAAUGAAGAGGAUCCUAAUUGGCCUGAAGAUGCUGAUGGUUGGGGUUUUAGCUUCAAUCAGUUUUUUAAUAAGAUAACGAUUAAGAAUGAAAAGAAGGAUGUUGAUGAUGAAGAUAAUGAAGGAGAUGAUAGUGAGAAGGAGAUUGUUUGGCAAGAUGAUAACUAUAUACGCCCGAUUAAAGAUCUCACAACUGCAGAAUGGGAAGAGACGGUGUUCAAAGAUAUCAGUCCUCUCAUGGUUCUUGUUCACAACCGCUACAAGAGGCCAAAGGAAAACGAAAAAUUCAGGGAAGAACUAGAGAAGGCAAUUCAAGUUAUAUGGAACUGUGGACUUCCUUCACCUAGAUGUGUUGCUGUUGAUGCUGUGGUUGAGACAGAUUUGGUCUCUGCUCUGAAAGUAUGUGUGUUCCCAGAGAUCAUCUUCACGAAAGCUGGAAAGAUACUAUACCGUGAGAAAGGCAUUAGAACAGCAGAUGAGCUUUCAAAAAUCAUGGCCUUCUUCUAUUAUGGAGCUGCAAAACCACCUUGUUUGAAUGGUGUUGUGAAUUCGCAAGAACAGAUUCCUUUAGUCGAUGUAAGUGUCAAUUAAGCAUAGGCCUUUGUGAUCUUAUGUAAAGAAAAUGUACGAACUGAAGAAGUAAUCAAUCUUUUGAUUGUGAAAUAUAUGUUUUUUCGAAA